AUGAAUAUAGUUACGUUAUUAUAAAAGUAAGAGAGAACAAAGAGGGAUGUGUAAGCCUUGAUUGAGUGUUUAGGAUAGGUAAAGUUCUUAAACUAGUUGAAUAAUGGUCAAAAGUUAUAUUAAGCAACAUUGAGGGGAUUUGCUGAGAAAGCUACACUAAUUCGAUACGAAAAAGGACACAUUAUUUGGAGGGAUGGGAUCAAAUAGGAAAAACUAUUUAUAAUUUUAAAUGGUCGAGUGUAGGAAUAUGUAUAAUUAGAGGAUGAGGAAAUUAAUAAAAAGAGAAGCGAUCUGAUUCAGCGUUAUCCAGAGUGCUAAAAUCUAUUCAUAAAUAAGCCUGGAAGAAGAAUAGUCUAUGAAUAUGAGAGUGAAACAACUGAUUUAAUUAAAGCAUCAAUUAAUGAUAAUAUGAGAAGAAGGAGAAGUCUGGUUUUCGAUAUACCUUCCAUGGCUGAUGUUCCUCUUAUAAGGAGUUCAUCGGUAAUUUAGAAGAAUGUGUAACCAUUCUCAACGAUAACAAUCAACGAAGCUCCAUUAUCUUAUAUGAUAGUGUUGAGUAGGGAGGUCAGAGAUUGUCUUAGGGAAGUGAAAUUGAUAAAUGAUUAUCAUUUGCAGUACUUUAUUGAAGAAUUUGUGUUGGCAGUAAGAUAAGGUAGAAUGUUUUCGCACGGAGAAUUGUUGAACUCUGAUAUCUCUAAGAAGAAGUAUGACAAUACAUUGCUAUGUCUUGAAGACACAAUGAUCAUGCAAAUAGGUUUAGAAGAUUAUCAUAAUAUUGAAAUCCACUUGAAUUAAAGAAAAUAAUAGAAAAUUUGGGAUUUGAUUUAUUCUGGUUUGUUUGGAAAGAGCAAAGUCAAUUAGGAAGAUGUGAAUCAAAUCAUGAAAGUGUUGGUCAAUAAAUAUACUUCGAAAAAGUACACUUAAUACAACAUAGUCUACAUCCAAGGAGAAGUUCAAAAAUUCAUAUACUUAGUUAAAGAGGGAGAAUUUUAAUUAUCCUUUGAUAAUCAAGAAAGCGUAUUAUAAUCUACUACUGUGAUUGCAAAGGUGAGUUAAGGAUGUCUAUUAGGUGAAGAAUCCUACACAGCCAAUCGGCACAUCUUUAAAUGUACUAGCAUAACUUCGAAGAACAAAAUAAUCGGCCUUAGCAUUCAUGAUUUAGAAGCCUUAGGCCAUAAAUUUGUUUGGUUUAGAGACCUACUGAAGAACAAGGAGAGAAUUAAAUAACAGUGGUUGAAGACAAGAAUGAAUGAGAAUGUGCACUUCAGUCUUAAAUUAAAUGAGAAACAAUAGAAUUUCGAAGAAGAAAAGAAAUUGCUAUCUGAAUUCAUAGUGCCUGAUCCGACAAUUCAAAUAACCUAAUUCUAAAGGUUGUAACCCAGUCGUCCUUAGAUGGUUACGCCUUCCCCUUUAAAGCGUCCUAAAUUAAUUAAAACAAACACUUAGAGGAAUAUUAAUACUAGUAGAAAUAACAGCAAGGGGAGCACUAAGAAAUUGGAGAAUUUGAACAUAUUUGGAAAUGAAAUCUUGUGUGAAUUGGGUAUAGGUAAGAUAGCCACUUAAAAUACAAAGGUUAGUAGUUUUGAACCAACUGAUCAUUCAUUAACAUAUAGAGAUACUAGCAGACUAUUACUAAAGAAAAUUAGGAGAACAUCAAAUUACAAUUCAUCUUAACCAGUGUCUCAUAGAGAUAAUAGCACAAUGACAAAUGAGAUUGAUGUUGUACCCAUGAUGAUGAAUAUGAAUAAGAAUUAGCUCCAAUUCCUGAAAACUAUGGUAGGCAAGUUUAACUAUAAGAAUUCUCAACCUACUGAGUGCACAAAUCAAUAGAGUACUCCUGUUUUCAUACAAAGUAUCUAUCCGAAAAGGAUUGUGAGGAGGACAUGGCAAGGGUAUGAUUGA